GAUGCCUGAGUUUCUGAAUUGGAAUUCCGAGUUGGAUGACCAUUCAAAACUAUUUUUCCCAGUCUGAGCUCGUUUUUUUCCGAGUUCGCAGUUGUCUUGAACGUACUGAAGUUGUAAGUCAGAGAUUGCAGAGUUUGGAGUUGUUUUGAAUGCGCCACUAGAGACCAAUGCUACCUGUUACCUUUUGAACAGGGCUACCUCCAACAAAGAAGACCUUGUGUCCGUAAUGAUUUCAGAAAUAGGAAUAUCUAAACAGUAAUGGUGGCUGGCUACAAAUCAACUAGCCUAAUACUUUUUGUAUUGAGGUGAUAUGCCUAUUUUAGCUAAAACGGGUUUCUCUAUUUGUCCCAAUGUCUGUAUAGUUUUUCCUGGUGGGGUAUCCGUAGUUGGUGAUACGCAUUGUGAAGAAGAAUGUUGAUGUUGUCAAAGUUGAAGAAGAGGACCCAGUGGUAAUCAAACUUCAAAUCGUGUCAUUUGGUGAGUAACUGCCACAUACAGAAUCGAUUGAUUUAAAUGUGGUGUCGUGAUGUUAUUAUAAUGUCACUUGUUAGCAUUUCACACCCUAAGUAUAACCUAGCUCACGAUAGGUGUUGAGCCAGCUAAGAAUAUUCCCUGCUGCGAUCAGGGAGCAUUUUAAUCAGAUCUCUAGACUAUAAUCAUGACAGAUUGCUUGGUCGUUCAAGUUUGUUUCUUCGUGAUUGUGGAGCAGCAAAUCCAAGACCGACUUGUUGAUUGUCAGAAGUGGCUAGCCAGCUGGUGGGCCGAGCAGAGCGCUUCAAUUUAUGUAGCAACUAACGUUAGCUAGCUAAAUCGGCUGUACAGUAAGCUAGCUAAGGACAGUCAAAUUCCGCUAUGUUACCAAUAUGACACAUUUUACACAUUGAUUGAUCGCAGAUUUUCUGGCUAUUCUGUAUAGCUAGUUAUGCAAAUGACAGCCAGGGCAGCCCAAAUGACAAGGCAAAUUUUUUUUUAAUCUCGAUAUCAAAUAAUUUCUGUGUCACAAUUAAAGCUGUAAUAUGUAACUUUUUGGGCGACCCGACCAAAUUCACAUUAAAAUGUGAGUUAGAUCAUUGUCAUUCAAUUGAAAGCAAGUCUAAGAAGUGGUAGAUCUGUUCUAAGUGUGCUAUUUCUAUGCUUCCAUUCUUUAAUUUAGUUUUUGUGUAUUUUAUUUUCGUUUUUUUACACCAGCAUCAAAUAGCUGAAAAUACAAUAUUUUGGGUAAUUGAAAAUCUAUUUCACAGCAGUUUAGAUGGUACAAUGAUUCUCUAUCAUUGUACCAUCUAAACUGAAAUUAUGCGAACUAUUAGCAUUUUAGCAACCAGGAAAUGGUGGAGCGAUUUCUGCGUAUUGCACCUUUUAAGUACCUUAGGGAGUGAAAGCUAUUUAUAAUAAGGGUUACAUGGAGAAAAUCGGACCUCUGAAAUUAAAAUGGAUGGCCCUCCCUUCAGCUAAGUAUAUUUUACCUAAAGCCUCCCUGAACGAUUAAAAACAACAACAAGUGACCUUCCCCUAUACCCACAAUAAUAAUUAAAACAUAAAGUGGAUAGCUGAGAACAUGUUCACCCUCACUUCUUGGACAGACCAGAGCCUUAGAUAUGCAGUUUUAGAAACUGUUCUUCGUUCUGUAAGCAUUAAAUGGCAAAGAAGGGAUUUUGAUAGGGCUGCGGGCCAGAAGGUUGUGUGUUCGCAGACCACCGUGGACAAGCGUAGGGGUGGAAAGAUCUCCUUUUUGCAGGUCCGAGAAAUACGUAAUUUUACAUAUUAGCGGAAUCUUUUUUUAAUACCACACAAAUGACCGAAAUUACAGGAUAAGAAUGGACAGAGAGAUAGGCCUAUGUGUUCAUAUUAUCAUAUUUAUCCAAGGACAAAUCAGUGUGUCUUGUUUGGAACGAAACUGUCCCUGUUUGCAAAUAAUUAAAUCUGAGACUUCAUUAGGAAUCUGAGCAUGGUACUUUCAAAAGUUAGGCCUACCUUUCCACCCCAGACAGAGUAGGCCUACUGAUGCAGAAAAAAUGUAAGCUUUAACUACUGGCUAGUGGCUACUCUUCUUCCGUGGCUUAACCCAACGAGAGAAGGUCACAAGUGUUUACCUAAAAGUUGUCUGGGUUUAAACAUCUUCUAUUGUACAGAAAGUGAAUAGCUUAAUCAAUAAAAUAUAACUUUGCUCUGUGCUUCUCCGAGCAUGCACUUCGUAGCCUAUAGGCUAUGGAUCAUUUGAUUGAGACCACACUAAAUAGCCUAUAGGCGCACUUGAUAUUGCGCGCCCAGCGGAGAAUCACAUCGGGCGGGUGGCAUCAGGCACACAUCGAUAUAUAGCCUAAUAAGCAACUAAUUCUAAAACACUGAGAAAUAUGGAAAUGUAAUCAAUUACAAAUUACAUUUUCCUUCAGGUAACCAUUCUGUACAUUUCGAUCCAUCCUAUACUGAGAUUGUUUUAAAUUAAAAUGGUAAAAAAUAAACAAAAUUAGCUUCUUCGCAAAGAGCUAUUUCUCAAGCAAGAAUUUAGCAUAGACUGUCUGGGAGUGGUCUGAGUGGGGAGGGUAAACCUGAAAACUAGCCGUUAUUGGCAGAGAGGUUUGGAAGUGGAACUCUCUUUCUUAUUGGUCUGUUAAUUACCAGGCAGGCCAAAACUCCAUCCCAACAAAACAGGGAUGGAGUUUCAGGCUGUCUUUUCAAACAGCACUUACACUAAAAUGGCAUUAUCAUAAUUUUCACAAUUUCACAGUGUUAUUCCAACCUCAUAGUGUGGGAAUAUAUUUGAAGCACAGGAAAAUCGUGUUUUUGUCUGCACUGGCACUUUAAACAUUCAGUCCCCUUAUUUGGUCUCUCAGCCUCUUCCACUUCAGUUCAAGAGGUCUAGGCCUACAUCAAGCAUCCUAUGUUUUCUUUUGUAUUUUAAUAUGCCAUUUAGCAGAUGCUUUUAUCCAAAGCGACUUACAGUCAUGCGUGCAUACAUUUUGUUGUGUAUGGGUGGUCCCGGGGAUCGAACCCACUACCUUGGCGUUACAAGCGCCGUGCUCUACCAGCUGAGCUACAGAGGACCACGUAUUUGACCUUAUCUAAUGGGUUGUUCCACCUCAAAAAGCACAAGAAAGUGGAUUUCGACACCCACCAUCUCAGAUUGUUGUGAAAUCGUUUCUGUUGUUAGAAAAACAGAUAAGCUUAGCAUUCCUGCAACAUAAUUUUGUUGAAAUAUAAUUUGAUCUCUGAGAAAUUAAGCUAAUUGAUAAUUGGCCAUUUUUUAAUUCUAGGAUUCAUGUAAUAUUCAAUAAACAUAGUACUAAAUAUCCGAUUUGGACCAAACUUUUAUGAGUUAGACAUGAGGAAUCCAAAUAAAUUGUCAAAAGCCACCCACGGAACCGCCACACCCCACGGCAAUCCUACCCCAACAAUGAGUAUACAGUAUCAGUUCUCUAUGUCUGACAAGUAGUAUGGAGCUGCUGCUCAGAGUAUUGUUUCUUCAUCCUAUAUAAUGUAUUCUCAGUCAAUUUUGUGAUGUUUUUUUUCACUUGUUCUGAGAAAUUAGUCAUUAAAGUUGUUGGGUUUAUGUCCCAUCCUACAUCCUGAUAUUACCAGGUUCUGACCACUAGAUGGUGAUGUUCUUGCUAUUAGGUGACUUAUUUUUGUUAAAAGAAUAGUUCACCCUGAAAGCAGUCUAUGGACCAGGUAUGACAGCAAUCCAUGCUUUGGUUUUGUUUCUGGCCACUCUUUCAAAUGCUAACCUUUUAACAUUGUGUCACAAAUCCAAUGCAAUUCUAUGGUACCUAUAUUAGCAUUUUCACACUUCAUGUCCAAAUCAUCCUAAAGUAUCUAAACAUUGAUUGUGUAACUCAAUGAUGUUACAUAUAGAUUAUUUGGAUAUGAAAAUGGUCCAAAUCGGAUGUUGGGUACUAUAAUUAUUGAAUAUUAUAUGAAACCUAUCAAUUUAAAUGGACAAUUUGGGUGCAAUCUUUUAGCUUAAUUUCUCAGAGAUCAAAUUAUAUUUAAACAAAAUAAUGUUUCCAGAAUGCUUAUCUUAUCUGUUUCUAACUACAGAAAUAAUUUCAGAACAAUCUGCGAUGGUGGGUGUCAUAUCUUGCUGAAAUGACAUGGAACGACCCUACUAUGAAAUAUGAAAGAAAUGCACAGAGGUUGGUGUGGGUGGCAAGCUAUGUCUUGUUUAUAAGAUGAUGAUGACAUUACUGUGUAUGUUUUCUUUCAGCUUGUCCUGGCUGGAGACUGAGUGAAGGAUCAUGGGUAACACAGGUGACCGGAUGUCCGGCGACCGCCAUGGCGCCAAGGCCCAUCGAUCAGACAGCAGAGGCAGCGACAAAGACCAUGAGCCCAGCAAGAUGGUGGACAGCACCGACGAUCCUAACAUCUUCAACACACAUGGACUGGGGUCCUCCAAGGUACCUCAGCACUGCACUGGAACAUAGGAUUUAUUUUCUGGAGGGCUGUGAAGACCCUCACAGUAGCCUCCAACCUUUACACUAACCCAUCAAAAAGUUGUAAUGAAACCAGUUGGAUGUCAUUUGUUUUAGGAGUGUGGAAACAGAUGUAGGUGGGGGGAAAUGUCCAGCCCAGGUGAAGGAGAUGAGGCCACCUUAGCUCUGGUCCAGGCUGCUUGUCAACGCCAUGGACCAGAGCUAAGAACACCUAGACCCUGUCAUUCCCACAUUGUGAUUUCAGCUGAUUCUCCCCUCAGGCGUCAGACAAGGAGGAGCCUGAUCUGGAUGACUUGGUGAAGACGGGGCCUCAGUCCAGACCUACAGUCAUCCGCUGGGCCGGAGGAGGGAAGGAGGUCUACAUCGCUGGCUCCUUCAACAACUGGGGCAACAAGAUCCCCCUCAAUAAGAGGUAGAAGAGGGGUGGGGAGGAGAGGCACUGGCCCUGGCUUACCAAAAAGGCCUGCACACUGUAUUGCUCAUAUAUUACCUUUUAUUAGUGACAACAUUUUGACACAGUUAAUAGUACAUUAACAAGAUUCCCCCCCCCCCAGCCACAAUGACUUUGUAGCGAUCCUGGACUUGCCAGAGGGAGAGCACCAGUACAAGUUCUUUGUGGAUGGACAGUGGGUCCAUGACCCCUCAGAGGUAAACCCUACAUAGGGCUCUGGCCUAAAGUAGACUACUAGAUUGAUUGAUUGGUUGAUUUUAUUUUCUAGUAAAGAAAUUGAUAUACAGUGCAUUCGGAAAGUAUUCAGACCCCUAGACAUUUUCCACAUUUUUUACUUUACAGCCUUGAGCUCAGAUGCAUCCUGUUUCCAUUGAUCAUCCUUGAGAUGUUUCUACAACUUGAUUGGAGUCCACCUGUGGUAAAUUCAAUUGAUUGGACAUGAUUUGGAAAGGCACACACCUGUCUAUAUAGGGUCCCACAGUUCAUGUCAGAGCAUUAACCAAGCUAUGAGGUCAAAGGAAUUGUCCGUAGAGCUCAGAGACAGGAUUGUGUCGAGGCACAGAUCUGGGGAAGGGUACCAAAAAAUGUCUGCAGCAUUGAAGGUCCCCAAGAACAAAGUGGCCUCCAUCAUUCUUAAAUGGAAGAAGUUUGGAACCACCAAGUCUCUUCCUAGAGCUGGCUGCCCGGCCAAACUGAGCAAUCGGGAGAGAAGGGCCUUGAUCAGGGAGGUGACCAAGAACCCGAUGGUCACUCUGACAGAGCUCCAGAAUUCCUCUGUGGAGAUGGGAGAACCUUCCAGAAAGACAACCAUCUCUGCAGCACGUCACCAAUCAGGCCUUUAUUGUAGAGUGGCCAGACGGAAGCCACUCCUCAGUAAAAGGCACAUGACAGCCCACUUGGAGUUUGCCAAAAGGCACCUAAAGGAUUCCCAGACCAUAAGAAAAAAGAUUCUUUGGCCUGAAUGCCAAGCCUCACGUCUGGAGGAAACCUGACACCAUCCCUACGGUGAAGCAUGGUGGUGGCAGCAUCAUGCUGUGGGGAUGUUUUUCAGCGGCAGGGACUGGGAGACUAGUCUGGAUCGAGGGAAAGAUAAACAGAGAAAAGUACAGAGAGAUCCUUGAUGAAAACCUGCUCCAGAGCGCUUAGGACCUCAGAUUGGGGUGAAGGUUCACCUUCCAACAGGACAACGACCCUAAGCACACAGCCCAGACAACGCAGGAGUGGCUUCAGAACAAGUCUCUGAAUGUCCUUGAGUGGCCCAGCCAGAGCCUGGACAUGAGUCUCCUGAGUGGCGCAGUGGUCUAAGGCACUGCAUCGCAGUGCUAGCUGUGCCACUAGAGAUCUUGGUUCGAAUCCAGGCUCUGUCGUAGCCGGCCGCGACCGGGAGACCCAUGGGGCGGCGCGCAAUUGGCCCAGUGUCGUCCAGGGUAGGAGAGGGAAUGGCCGGCAGGGAUGUAGCUCAGUUGAUAGAGCAUGGCGUUUGCAACGCCAGGGUUGUGGGUUCGAUUCCCACAAGGGGUAUGAAAACAAAUUGACUAAAAUGUAAAUGUAAAUGUUGAACCCGAUCGAACAUCUCUGGAGAGACCUGAAAAUAGCUGUGCAGCGACGCUCCCCAUCCAACUUGACAGAGCUUGAGAGGAUCUGCAGGGAAGAAUGGCAGAAACUCCCCAGAUACAGGUGUGUCAAGCUUGUAGCGUCAUACCCAAGAAGACUCAAGGCUGUAAUCACUGCCAAAGGUGCUUCAACAAAGUACUGAGUAAAGGGUCUGAAUACUUAUGUAAAUGUGAUAUUUCAGUUUUUUUUUUUUUUUAUACAUUUGCAAAAAUGUCUAAAAAACAGUUUUUGGUUUGUCAUUAUGGGGUAUUGUGUGUAGAUUGAUGAGGGAUAAUAAAAAAAUUAUAUAUUUUUUUUUUAGAAUAAGCUUGUAACGUAACAAAAUGUGAAAAUAUUCAAGGUGUCUGAAUACUUUCCCGAAUGCACUGUACUUGUAUGCCAUUUAGCCAUUUUAUCCAAAGUGACUUAGUCAAGUGCAUACGUUUUACGUAUGGGUGGUACCCGGGAAUUGAACCCACUACCAUGGUGUUACAAGUGCCAUGCUCUACCAACUGAAUUACAUAUACACACAGUACAAAAACCUGACAGGGAUAGCAGAAUAAAGUCAGUGACUUGACUUACUUCCAUGUCAUUUUUGAGACGCAACCCAGAUAUUUUUUAGGCCCAACCUGAAUGUAUAAAUAUUUAAUAACAUAUCUUUAUAACAUAUUUGUUUUGCCAUUUGCAGUCAUGUGUUUUGGCGAUCCAGCCAUACUGUCUUUGUCAUUAACUCUUUAGAACCCCUGGUUAACCCUGCUAUAACACUCCCUCCUGCAGCCAGUGGUGACCAGCCAGUUGGGCACCAUCAACAACCUGAUCGAGGUGAAGCAGUCAGACUUUGAGGUGUUUGAUGCGCUGCAGGUGGACUCUCUGGAGUCCACUGACACCUCAGGUCAGUUUGGCUCUCUUAUCCUCUGUUGUCCCUUUUGGAUUAAGCAUAGCAUCGUACUGCCCAAGAUGUGCCAAGGCUAACACAAUCAUGUCAAACCGUGCAGCUAGAAUAACGGCAAAAUAGCUGCAUUUCAUUUCGUUUGACAUGUUUAUCUAUUGACAUUUCUUUGCAUAUAUCCAUAAAAAUUAUGCUGAUUCAUGAUUUCGACUGGCUGAGAAAAUAUGUCAGUCUCGUCCUGACACGUUAAUUCUCAAUAGGACAGUGGAGAUAGUUUCAAUCUUAAAAUACGAUGUUGCAAAUGUCGAGAGACAGACAGAAAUGUUUGUACAACCCCCCCUCCCAGUUGUUGCAAACCAAAUGUUAGGCUAGAAGCAAGGGGAAAUAAUGUCUAGAUGCCUUUUUACAGUGGAGAUCAAGUUAAUGAAUUGGCUGGCAGGGCUGAUGGGACAGUGGAUGAGCAGGGAUUUCUCAGAUUGAACAGAAACAAGAUUCUCAUUUUUGUGUAAUAGGCUUACCCGUGCUAAACAGGUUUUUUAGUAUGGCUUAGAACACGUCUCAACCAAUCACAAUGCUUGUUUUGAUCAACCCUUUGUAGAAUAAUCAUGAGCAGGUGUUUAAGGAUAAGUUAUGUAAGUUGGUGAAAACACAAGAAAUCAGUGUCACCCUUUGAGAGUAUAUGAAAUGCAUGCUGUUAUUGUCUGUCCUUAGAUCUGUCCAGCUCCCCUCCAGGGCCAUAUGGACAGGAGCAGUACAUGUUCAGGCCUGAGGAACGCUUCAAAGCCCCGCCCAUCCUCCCCCCACACCUCCUCCAAGUCAUCCUCAACAAGGACACCAACAUCUCUGUAAAUGUCUUUCUUCCUCAGUCUCCAUCUCUUCCUAUCUCUCUCGCCGUCCCUCUCGCUGUUCUUCUCUUUCUCUCUCCCAUCGCCGUGAUGUAAAUACACAUUUGGAAACUUCUUGAUUGCUGAUUCGUCUUCUGUCUCUCCCUCUCCUACAGUGCGACCCAGCCUUGCUGCCUGAACCCAACCACGUGAUGCUCAACCACCUUUAUGCUCUCUCAAUAAAGGUACUGUAGGAGGGCAUCAACAGCCCCCAUCCCACUUCUUCCUGCAAUACUUAUGGAUUGAGUAACAGUCCCUUCCAUAACAUAGCAUUAGUAAUGUAUUACUUUACAUUAUCUAUCUGUCUGUCUGUCUCACACACUUACUCCCUUUCCCCUCCCUCAGGAUGGAGUGAUGGUGCUCAGUGCGACUCACAGAUAUAAGAAGAAGUACGUCACAUCUCUGCUAUACAAGCCCAUCUAACCUGUCUGUGUAGGUGCACAGUGCUGUAGAGGGCAGCAUGUGAAAACUGUACUGGGUUUAACCAUCAUGUGUAGCUGAGAUUGCACUAAACUAACAGUUUACUGAUGAGCUGGGGGCCUGUGGCUGAGACUGGGGGCAAAUCUCAAAGGACACCCUUUUCCUUGUACGGUGACCUACAGGGCUCCACAAAGGGCUCAAAGUAAUGCAUUCUAUGGGGAGUAGGGUGUCAUUUGAGUCUCAGCCUGUGACCCUCACAAAUGAAAAUACUUUGCAUCCACAGU